GCCACCUGCUUCGACUUGGCUUACCUUUCUUCUUCCUCCAUCGCCGUCUCGGCCUCCUUUCAUUCCAUUACGUCCUAUCAUUUCCCUUGCGGCGUCCCACUGCCUCUGUUUCUUCUCUUCCAGUCUCCUCCAGUCGGGUACCCUCUUUCUCCCUCCUCAGUCAUGUCCUUUUCGGAUUCAUCAGCCAGUCGGCUUCCUAUCUCCUUCGCUCGCUCAGAGCCUAUACCUGACACGACCCGGAAACCUCAGUCUUCCCUCAGCGGUACGAUGACGCUGACGAUGUCAUCGAUGUCGUCUGUCACCUCUGCACUCUCCCAGCCAUCCACUACCACAUCAGACACACUCACACAACAUGAACCAACCCAUAUUCCAGGCCUUUGGAAGAUUGGCCGUCAUCACGUUCUUUCUGUAGAGUUUCCUCUCGUCCAGUACUGUCUUAACUUCGCGGAGAACAGUUGGAAGCUGCCGCAGGAGCUCCAAGAUACCACCUUGCGCGCUCUGUCAGCGCUCUCAGUCUUUGACAGACCUUCGCACCCAGCUCAUUGGCUAUUUUGGGGCAGCAAGCAGGUCGAUAAUACUCUUGAAUUGACACACAGGGUCAUAGAUGCAAAAAAUCCUCCCCUUAUUAGAUACUUCGGGGUCAGACCAAACAUGCUUACUUUGUACCUUUGGCAUUCCAAGGGCUGGCAUCAAGUUAUCCGUUCUAAGCUAUGGUAUUCCCAGCUGGCCCAGAAGCAGGCUCCCAUUCCCUCAGGACCUCAAACUCGCAAGCGCCAUCGCGAACCUGUCGUUGUUUCUAUCUCAAGCUUCGCAGACGCCGACGUCAGUCCCGAAGGGGCGCCAGUUACCAAGCGGCCUAGGAUGCAGACGCGACGAUCUUGCCUGCGCAAAGCGGCGUCACCCCUUCAGACAGCAGCAACCCAUUCCGCUAGCAUAUUGCAACCUUCAGGCCCAUUAACAACUGUCGAAUAUACCUUCGAAACAGCACCCAAUCCACCUGCCUCGCAGUGGCCAAGCACUUGCCAGACCCACAGCGCUAAACGAGUUGUGGUCAUAGAACCAGCCUCAACAUCAUCUACGUCGUCUUCAGCAUUAUCGCAGUCACCAUGUCCCGUCCCUCGUACUAUUUCCUCAUCGAUAUCUCGCUCUCGAAACCGAUCAAGCUCCCAAAUCUCAUCUGAGACGCUCAUCGCAUCUAAUAGGUCUUUAUCUGUUGCGUCUACCACAACCGCGAACGAGCCGCCUGAGUCUCUGAAUCUCAAAGAUAUGGCGACCGAGGAACUUGUCAAGGCGGAUUACCAGGAAGAGAUCAUUUCAGCUCGGAUUACACGAUCCAAAGGUCAUUCUGCAGCGCAACAGACACGUAUGAAGAAAUCCUCCCCCUAUGCGACUGAAAAGACCGAACAAGUCAAGAUGAGAAGGGGGAAUACGAAGGCAUUAUGUGCCCGGAAAGUUGGAGGUGGCCGGAAAUGAUUUUCUUGGACCUUCUCUUUAUGUUUUUCAGCGUUUGCGACAUCCCUUAUACAUUUUUAUCGACCACGGAACGGAAAGGAAUUUCUUGUUUUUUUU